AUGGUGGCCGAAACCAGUGCAACCUCUGCACCUUUCCAGAGAGUCGAUUCCCAGCCUGAGAACCCUUUCGCCGGUCUAAUCGAGGAUCAGUCAAUUGCGAUUAUCCCGUCGUUCAAACUCGAAUCCGGUGUCACCCUAUACAAUGUACCGGUUGCUUACACAACCCGGGGUACCCUCUCCCCUAAGGGAGACAACGCCCUGGUCAUUUGUCAUGCCCUGAGUGGGAGCGCCGAUGUCGCAGAUUGGUGGGGUCCCCUGCUGGGUGGACCUGGACAGGCCUUCGAUGUGUCUCGUUUCUUUGUGAUCUGCCUGAACAGUCUGGGUAGCCCUUAUGGAAGCGCGAGUGCCAUCACCUAUAAAGAUGGUAAGCCUGAAAAUGGCUACUAUGGCCCUGAAUUUCCCCUCACCACCGUCCGUGACGAUGUCAACAUUCACAAAAUGGUGCUUGAUGAUUUGGGUGUGAAGCAAAUCGCCGCUGUUGUUGGAGGAUCCAUGGGCGGCAUGCUCACACUCGAAUACUCUUUCUUCGGCAAGGACUAUGUCCGAGCCAUUGUGCCGAUUGCCACGUCUGCACGCCACUCUGCCUGGUGCAUUAGCUGGGGUGAGGCUCAAAGACAGAGUAUUUACAGUGAUCCUAAGUACGACGAUGGUUACUACACAUUUGAUGAUCCUCCUGCCACUGGUCUUGGGGCUGCUCGCAUGUCGGCGCUUCUUACCUACCGCAGUCGCAACUCGUUCGAGUCACGGUUUGGCCGCAACGUGCCGGACCCAUCGAAGCAGCUGAACAUCAAUGGUACCGAGAAGCUGCCCACGCCCCCCAAUGAGCACUGGGCCAUCCACAAUGAUGGACACCGCGGUGGUAACUCAUCACGAUCGGAGAGCCGUCAGAACUCGCCAGCCCCACAGGCUCCGCAGCCCGAGAUCGAGUUCAUGGACCCUCAAUUCUCUGGUACCAAGACCUUCGUCGCCCCGACUCCUGAAAAGGUCGAUUCUCGCGGGCGCCCACGCCCUCCCACCUACUUCUCGGCCCAGUCCUACCUCCGGUACCAGGGUGAGAAGUUCGUCAAGCGAUUCGAUGCCAACUGCUACAUCGCCAUGACCCGCAAGCUUGACACGCACGACGUGUCUCGCCACCGGUCCAACCCUGAUGCGGCCGACCCUGUUCUUGAUGCUCUUUCGCGCAUCGAACAGCCCACCUUGGUUUUGGGAAUUGAGUCGGAUGGUCUUUUCACUUUUGCUGAGCAGCAAGAGGUUGCAGCUGGCAUCCCUGACUCGCGCCUGAAACGCAUCGAUAGCCCUGAAGGCCACGAUGCCUUCCUCUUGCAGUUCGAGCAGGUCAACCGUCACAUCGUGGACUUCUUCAAUGAAGUCCUGCCAGACAUCAUGGCACGUGACGGCGAUAGUGCUGCUGUGGCCAGUGUCAAUAAGCUUAUCAAGACCAGCACUUUCGGCGAAGCCGAAGUGGAGGACAUUACCGCGUGGUAA